UUUGCAGUACUUCUUUAAGGCAGUGUUGCACAACCUUUUUGGGGGAAGGGCCACUACACGAAUUCUUAAUGCAUCCUCAAAACCUAGUAAAUCGUUAUGAGUUAACAACAGGAGGUGAUUGCCAUUUUUGACAGCAGUCAUGAAAUUGCCUGUUUUCUACAUCAACUUUACAUUUAAUUUUAUUCUGGCUUGCAGCCAUGACUUAUUACAAACUCUUGCAGAAAGUUACAACUGUUUACAGACUACAAGUCAUAAACAACAAAGAAUAGUUACUUCCGCAGCUAAAAUUAGAGUUGUCCGCAACUGCAGUCAAUUAGGUAAAUUCUGGCAUAUUACAGACCUUCACUGGGACCCAGACUACAAGGUUACUAGUAACCCACAUUCUGUCUGUCCUUCAGCAGGCUCACAGCCUGUGAAAAAUGCAGGGAGGUGGGGGCACUACCUGUGUGACUCCCCUUGGGAUCUCAUUAAUUCUUCCAUCUAUGCUAUGAGAGAUAUCCUGCCAGAUCCAGACUUCAUCCUUUGGACAGGUGAUGACACACCUCAUGUUCCGAACGAACACCUUGGACAGGAGGCAGUACUAAGAAUCAUUGGGAACAUCACCAGUAUUAUACAGAACGUUUUUCCAGGUACUAAGGUGUACUCUGCACUAGGAAAUCAUGAUUUCCAUCCAAAAAGUCAACUGCCAGGUGCACAACACGAAAUGUAUGACAGAACUGCACAAAUGUGGAACAUGUGGCUGAAUACUGACUCCAUUUCUCAAUUCAGAAAAGGUGCAUUUUACACAGAACGUUUGCUAAACAAGACAGGGCAGCGUGUCAUAGUUCUCAAUACAAACCUGUAUUAUGACAGCAAUCAAAUCACAGCAAAUGAAGCAGAUCCUGCCAGUCAAUUUAUGUGGUUAGAAAAUCAACUGGCUGAGUCUUCAGUGGUAGGAGAAAAGGUUUACUUAGUGGGCCAUGUUCCACCAGGAUUUUUUGAGAAGAAAAGAGAGAAGCCAUGGUUUCGAGAAACGUUCAAUAAAAGAUAUAUUGAGAUUAUUCAGAAGCAUCAUACUGUGAUAGCAGGGCAGUUCUUUGGUCACCAUCAUACUGAUUCCUUCAGGAUGUUUUACAGCGAUGAAGGUUCUGCCAUUGGUUGCAUGUUCAUUGCACCAGGAAUAACUCCGUGGAAAACAACCUUACCAGGUGUGGAAAAUGGAGCCAACAACCCUGGAAUUCGUGUAUUUGAAUAUGAUAGAAACACUUUACAAAUAAUAGAUAUGGUUACUUACUACAUGAACCUUAGCUACGCCAACCUAGUGGCACCAAGAUGGGAGAAGGAAUAUCGACUGACCGAAGCCUUCCACAUUCCAGAUGGUUCUGUAAACUCCAUGCAAAUGAUGCUGGACAAAAUAUCUAAAGACAAGUGUUACUUGCAGAAAUACUAUGAGUAUAACUCUGUUAAUUAUGAUCUCACUGAAUGUGAUCCUCUUUGCAGAGCAGACCACAUCUGUGCCAUCAGAGAAGCAGACUUCUCAAAAAACAAACAGUGUCUGAAAACUGAGAGUUCAUCCUCCAGUCUCGCUGGACAGCUAGCUGGCAUUUUGUGCAUGCUGUUGGUAGUGUUUCUUCAAAUACACAAUUAAACUGCAUAAUGCACAAGUUCCAGUUUUGCAUACCAGAAAAUACAGACAAUGAUCUGUUAAUUAGAAGUUAAUAAAAAUAAGUUAAAGAAAGAGGUUCCUUUCUAUGGCUAUUCAUUUUUUUUCUGGUUUGGGGCCCUUAGCCAACAUGACAAAGAUACUGAAAAAAACACUUUUUGACACUUGCUCUCAAAACCACAGUAUACAUGUGUUGUCCUUACAUGUUAGCAUGGCAUAUAUAUUUGUUUAGCUAAUUCUGUCAAUACCUCCCACUAAAGCUAUACUGUCAGUGAAGCAGGAAAGGUUAUAUGUAUUAACUUACAAUCUUUUUCAGUAUUAUUCUGUCAUUUCUGUUCCUUAGUCCUGCUUUUUGGGGAGGAUAUCCUUUCUUUUUCUGCUUAAUUUGUAUCUCUCUCUUCCUGCCAAAAGACAAGUAAUUUUCUGUAACAAAAAACAAUACGGUGAUAAUCCACACACAAAGCGAAGAACAAUGUAUAAGAAUCCACAAAACCACCAAGGCAAGGCUCUAGACACAACAGUAUUUUGAGCACUUUUGUUCUUUAUUAUAAAACCAUGAACUUCUUCAGAAAGUACAUAAGCGUGAACAAGCUGUUUAAAAAAAAAAUCAUUCAAAAAUAGUCACAUGAUCAGGUUCAACCUACCACAUCUCUACUAAAUGGAGAUGUUUUCACAAAAAUGUUCAUUAAUUUAAUGUUAAAAAUACAUGCAUAUAAAAUAUACAAUAAAAUAAAAGACUGAUAUCUCAUCAAAUACCAUUAAUAGAUUCUUUGUUCCUGCAAGAAACAGUUAAUAUUAAUCGUUUCAUUUAGUCCUGUUGCCAGAUCAACUCUUAACCUAAUCUGCCAUUUAGACUGAAUCACAACAUUCUAACAAAGUUGUGUGAUCAUCAUUAAAAACAUCAGUUCUAAUGGAGUCUUUUGACAACAAUAAAAUCAACACUUUGUGUAAUCUUUUAGAUUUAGUGCUUAACAAUAACUGUUUCAGUUUUCUAGGUAAAUCUUACAAACAGAUCUCUGGUGUGGCAAUGGGGAUAGAGUAUCCCCAGUUUUUGCAAAUCUGGUAAUGGCAACAUGGGAGCAGUAGUUUUUGAAAAGUCAGCAUUGGUCCAACAUCAUCAUAUUUUAUGGGAGAUACAUGGACGACCAGCAUUAACCCCCCCCCCACCCAGUCAUGGGUUAUUGCUAAAAUAUCCCAUAAGGCAAUGCAAGCAGUCUCUCUUAUGUAUUCUCCUUUCCUCUUCCUUACAAACAGCUUUCUGUCUUGUUGGCAAAGAACGUAUGCACAUUAAUCCACCUCUCCUUUGGGCUACAGAAGUUUAAAAAACAAACUCAAAUACAUUACAUGGCGUCACUGUCAGACAUGAAUGCUGGUCUGACCUCAAUCAUUUGUUUUAGAUACGUGCACAAAAGAACAUUACAACUGAUGCAGUAAGGCUUGUUAAUAAAGCUGGUCCCAACCACACCACCACUGUUUUUUUUUUCUUGUAGUCAGAGAUGAACAACUCAUUUAAUUAUUUCAGAGUCACUAUGUGCAAUUCCAGAAUAAAAAAAACUAAUUAACAAUAACAUGAUAAAAAAACAAUGAUAUAGUAAAAAAUAGAACUGAACUGAGGAACAAUGCAAAACAAACAUUCCAGAAGGUUCCCACUCAAUGCACCAUUAUAAACCUUUCAAGACAGCAACAAAAACAGGACAUUUGUGCAAGAAACAAAAAAGCACUAUUAAUAGUCACUGAAAAUGUAGAGUCUCCUUCAUAGCAUCUCUUCUACUGUUUAAUUCACCAACAUCUUCAAUUCUCAAGAGGACUGUGGUAGAAAGCUUAAGCAAUGAAUGAAAGGUUUGACCUUUUUUGUAUUGCAUUUAGCAUAUUUGAAAAAAGCAAAGUACAAAAAGCUACAUUUCUUCAUAUAGUUGGAGAUGACACAAUAAAGGUAUUUAAUACAUUUAAUCUCAUUAAAGAGAAAAAAAAUGAGUUAGUCAUAAAAGGCAGUUUGAAACAUUACUGUUAUCUUAAGAAACCCUGCCAUGUUCGUAAUUUAUUUUUUUAUCAGAAACAUGGCUACAAUAAACAAUAUAUGCAUAUGUAAUUAAAUUAAGAUAUAAAACUAAAGGAUAUGAAUUGGUAACUAUUUGAAAUAUGGGGACCCACUAGAGAGAGUCCUGAAAUAUGGAGACUGAAUAGCCAUAAGAACAGACUUACACAAACUAAGUCCGGUAUGCCAUUUCUCUAAAUAUUCCCUUUUUUCCAAGGUACAGCGAAAAGACUUCAUGAACCACCAGGCUGUAGUAAAAACGUAGAAUUUUAAUACAAAUUGUAAAUGCUUUCAGGAUACACCCUUCAUCAGACAUAUACAAGAAAACAAACAAAAACCUUCUUAAAAGUAUUUAAAAAUCAAUAAGCCAAUGAGCAUCAAGAUCUAAUCAUCUAAGUCACAGGUCUAUGCCUCCUAAGAACAGGUUUUAAAGGGACCACGCCAUUGAGUCCUGGACUUCUAUCAGCAUCUAGCCUUACAAUCCAUUGUACCUCACAGUAUUCAGUCUGCCUGACAAUAUCGCCCCCCUUUGCCAUUCACCUUAACCAGUUGUAGAACCAUGAAAGUAAAGUGGUGUCCUGGGUGUUCUUUAAUAUGUUGAAAGAGAGCACUCUGUGUAUUGCUCAAAGGUAUGGCUGAUAAAUGUUUCGGGAUCCUAUCCUUAAGUUUACAGUUUGUCUUCCCGACAUAAAAUGAUGUGCAGCGCAAGCACCUAGCCAGGUACACAACAUUCAUUGAAUUACAAUUUGCCAACAGUUUAGGUUUAAAUACCCCAUUGUCAAUAGGAUGUACAAAUUCUUGAAUUCUAGAUAUUAAGGGGCAUACUUUACAGUGCUGACAGGGAUACGUACAAAUUUUACCUGCUUGCUGUUCAAGUACCUUCUUCUUAUCAUAGUUCUUGCCACACAGGAUCUGUUUAAGACUCCUGUUCCCCUUAAAAACAAAAUUUGGUGCUGCUCCCACUAUUUCUUUUAAAGUGUCAUACGUUUGUAAAAUUUUCCAGUUACCUCAAUUUACAUCACAAACCCUUUUUAUAUGCUUACUAUACUUAAUGUACAAAUUCAGCUUACUUCUAGGCUGAGCCUGCUUCACUGAGUUACUUGUCCUACAUUCAAUACCUUUCUUAGAGAACCAUGGUACUGCCACCGUAUCUCUGCUCUGUACAGCAUUAGAAACAUGCUUUUCCACUUCCUUAAUGCAGUACCCCCUCUCAGCAAAUCUGGCAGUCAAAGCUUCUUUUUUCCAAAAACAUUUUUAUUAAAUUUUGUUAAUAAACAUGGAUAUAAAGUAUUAAAAAUAAACAAUA